AUGGCACAACAACAAGUGAAAUUCCAACAAGAAACCGAAAAAUUCAUAAUGGAGACAAGAGGGGGGAUGCAAAAUGUGAAUGCCCAACUGUCACAUCUUGCCCAAGCGGUAGCUCGACUUGAAAGCAAACAAGGGGAACUUCCUUCCCAAGUGGAGGUUAAGAAAGUGAAUGCUAUGACACUUAGAGGAGGAAAUGAAUUACCCGAGGUUGUUGGAAAGAAAAAUCAAGAGGAACCAGAAGUUAGUGAGGAGGUUGGAAUGGGAUCGGCAGAUAAGGAAGAACUUGCCCAAGAAAGAGAAACCAAGAAGAAGGCAACAGGGAAAGGCAAAGAGAAAUUGAGCCAGGCUGAGCCCAUAAUCCCCUUCCCAGGAAGAAUGGCCAAGGAACAAGAAAAGGAAGAACUAACCGAAUUAGUGAAAAUCUUCAAAAAGGUGGAAGUCAAUAUGCCCCUUCUGGUCGCACUACGCUCUAUGCCCAGAUGUGUAAAAUUCCUCAAGGAACUCUGCACUCGGAAAGUUAAAUACACCGACGAUGCAAAAUUCCAAGUGGGCGAGUCAGUUUUCGCAGUCUUACAAAGAGAUAUGCCCAUAAAGUGUGGGGAUCCUGGAAUGUUCUACAUCCCUUGUGUAAUAGGAACCAUGAAAGUGGAGAAGGCAAUGCUUGACCUAGGGGCAUCCAUCAACGACCUGGAGACAGGACCACUGAAGCCUACCCGAGUGGUGAUUCAACUGGCAGACCGGUCAAACGUAUACCUAGAGGAAAUAUUGGAAGACGUUUUGGUCAAAGUGGAGGAACUCAUUUUUCCAGCGGACUUCUACAUUCUUGGCAUGGGGAAGUCAAAAGCACGCGAUCCAAUUAUGGUUUUGGGGAGACCAUUUCUAAAAACUGCCAGGACACGCAUCGAUUGUGAUGCGGGCAAACUGACAUGUCAGUUCGAUGGGGAGACAGUGACGUUCGACAUAUAUAACGCCAUGAAGCACCCAGCUGAUACAGAGAUGGUAAAAAGUGUUGACAUAAUCGAGAAAGUUGUUGAGGAGGUUUUGCCCAGAACAGCAUUAAGGGAACCUUUUGAUGUGAUAAUCCAGAAUGGCAUCACCGAGGAAGAUAUGCAAGAGGAACCACUGCAGGAGGCGGUGAAGAUGCUAAAUGCUUGGAGCGAAGGAGUCAACCACACGGAGGCUUACCCUGAAUGA